CCCCAACUUGUCAUUUCUAAUCCACUUGCUUUUCCUCCUCUAGGAAGUUUCUCUUGUUAGUUUCUUAUUUAUCUAAUUUGUUUACUUUGCACAGAAAAACGUGUUCAUCUUUCCUCUUGUUUACAAUCCACAAAAGCACAUGCUAUAUACUCUUGUAUAUACUCUGUCUACAAGCUGGAGCCUGUUCUGUUAAGUUCUAGUGCAAGUCUAAAGGCUUGCGAACCAGAACAACUGUGGUAUAAGUUCCAGCCAUUCCAAGGGUGGGAGACGACUAGGGUUUUAGUUCAAAUUGUCAGUUAAGAAUUUCAAUCUUUCUGUUCUUUUUGGUUCUCUUUGGGCCCUCAACACAUUAGAUAACUUUCACUGACUUUGGGAUAGGUUGUUUUCUUCAGCUGUUUCCUCAAUCCAGAUGCUAAUCUCUUCUCCUCCAUAUUAAAAAUAACAUUUAACCAGAUAGCUGGCUAAACGUUAGCCAGUCAAGUUGAUAUAUAAAAUUUGCUGGCAUACCUUUGGAACAUUGCCUGUCAAGACUGCCUCCUUCAGUUGUCUAUGCCUUAAAUUACUUCUUUGCAGUAUUCUGUCAUCUCUCAACUCUUUAGAAUUUUUUCACUUGGGAAGUGAGGCAGUGGAGUGAAAUGGAGGCCUCAGUUAUACUGCCCAUAUUGAAGAAAAAACUAGCCUUUCUUUCAGGAGGAAAGGACAGACGAAGUGGCCUCAUCCUGACAAUUCCAUUAUGCCUGGAACAAACAAAUAUGGAUGAGCUGAGUGUCACUUUGGACUACCUCCUCAGCAUUCCAAGUGAAAAGUGUAAGGCUAGAGGAUUUACCGUGAUUGUGGAUGGCAGAAAAUCCCAAUGGAAUGUGGUGAAAACAGUAGUCUUAAUGCUGCAGAAUGUCGUUCCAGCAGAGGUAUCCCUUGUUUGUGUAGUGAAACCAGAUGAAUUCUGGGAUAAGAAAGUAACACAUUUUUGUUUCUGGAAAGAAAAGGAUAGACUUGGUUUUGAGGUUAUUUUAGUGUCUGCCAACAAGUUGACUCGUUACAUAGAGCCAUGCCAAUUAACAGAAGACUUUGGUGGAAGUCUCACCUAUGAUCACAUGGACUGGUUAAAUAAGAGGCUGGUUUUUGAGAAGUUUACAAAGGAGUCUACAUCAUUAUUAGAUGAACUUGCUUUGAUUAACAAUGGAAGUGACAAAGGAAAUCAAGAGAAAGAAAGGUCAGUGGAUUUAAACUUUCUUCCGUCAGUUGAUCCUGAAACAGUUCUACAGACAGGGCACGAAUUAUUAUCCGAAUUACAACAGCGUCGAUUUAAUGGUUCUGAUGGAGGGGUCUCAUGGUCUCCUAUGGAUGAUGAACUCCUUGCACAGCCACAGGUUAUGAAAUUAUUAGAUUCCCUCCGAGAGCAAUAUACUCGCUACCAGGAAGUUUGUCGACAGCGGAGUAAGCGCACACAGUUAGAAGAGAUUCAGCAGAAGGUUAUGCAGGUUGUGAACUGGCUUGAAGGGCCUGGCUCAGAACAGUUGAGAGCCCAGUGGGGGAUUGGUGACUCCAUCAGAGCUUCCCAGGCCUUGCAGCAGAAGCAUGAAGAAAUUGAGAGCCAGCACAGUGAAUGGUUUGCGGUGUAUGUGGAGCUUAAUCAGCAAAUUGCAGCACUCUUGAAUGCAGGGGAUGAGGAAGAUCUUGUGGAAUUGAAGUCUUUGCAGCAACAACUUAGUGAUGUUUGCUACCGGCAAGCCAGUCAGCUGGAAUUUAGACAAAAUCUCUUACAAGCAGCUCUUGAAUUUCAUGGUGUUGCCCAAGAUUUGUCUCAGCAGUUGGAUGGCUUAUUAGGGAUGUUGUGCGUAGAUGUAGCACCAGCUGAUGGAGCAUCGAUUCAGCAAACUUUAAAACUACUUGAAGAGAAGCUGAAAAGUGUUGAUGUGGGCUUACAAGGUUUACGUGAAAAAGGUCAAGGUCUCCUGGACCAGAUCUCCAAUCAGGCAUCCUGGGCCUAUGGAAAGGAUGUAACUAUUGAAAAUAAAGAAAAUGUGGACCACAUACAAGGAGUGAUGGAAGAUAUGCAGCUUAGGAAACAAAGAUGUGAAGACAUGGUAGAUGUGCGAAGGUUAAAGAUGCUUCAAAUGGUGCAGUUGUUUAAAUGUGAAGAAGACGCUGCCCAGGCAGUAGAAUGGCUAAGUGAACUUCUAGAUGCUCUGCUUAAGACCCACAUCAGAUUGGGAGAUGAUGCUCAAGAAACAAAAGUUUUACUGGAAAAGCAUAGAAAAUUUGUUGAUGUUGCACAGAGUACUUAUGACUAUGGUAGACAGUUGCUGCAGGCCACAGUUGUUUUGUGCCAGUCACUGCGCUGCACUUCUCGAUCCUCUGGGGAUACACUGCCUCGCCUGAACAGAGUGUGGAAGCAAUUUACAAUAGCAUCUGAAGAGAGAGUUCAUAGGCUGGAAAUGGCUAUUGCUUUUCACUCAAAUGCUGAAAAGAUUUUGCAAGACUGUCCAGAAGAGCCUGAAGCGAUUAAUGAUGAAGAGCAGUUUGAUGAAAUUGAGGCAGUUGGAAAAUCACUUUUGGAUAGAUUGACUGUUCCUGUAGUAUAUCCUGAUGGAACUGAACAGUAUUUUGGGAGUCCAAGCGACAUGGCUUCUACUGCAGAACAUAUCAGAGACAGGAUGAAAUUAGUUAGUCUCAAAAGGCAGCAGCUGGGACAUCCUGAAAUGGUGACCACAGAGAGCUAAUAGCUACCCGCCUUCCAGGGAUCUGCUGGACACACUCCCGCAUGUCAUCUGCCACAGUACUUUGAGAUUCAUUUCACAGCUGGAUAAGCCUCAUUUCUUCUCCUGACACAUUUCUCUCUACAGGCUAACACCUCCCAACUACCAAGGCAUAAUUAUUUAACAUGCUUUGAGACCAUAGACUCCAGGUAUCUUAAAAGAAGGAAUUUGUAAACAUUGCACUGAAAACUUGCUUUCAAGCUUUACCUGAUCUGUCAGUUAGUAAAUAAGCAACUGAUACUAAGCUUUGAAUGGUGCUAAGAAUUUAGGAAUUCUCUCUAUAAAAAAACACAGUUUCCCUUCCUUCCCAGGUGAUGUAGUACAUUUAGACUAUAGUUGUACUGUUAUUAGUAGUGACAUCAUCAAAAUUUUACUUUGUAAUUCUUCAAACUUAUUUUUAUUGUGUCCAUAGAGAAAUUUCUUCAGAUCUUUGAUAUAUUCAUUGAAAGAAAAUUUCCUAUUUGUAUUGAUAAUGUAUUAAAAGUUGUUUGUGCUUAAUAAAAAGCUUCGUUAAAUUUAGUCUUAUUUAAUUUGGUAGUUCUAUACUAUUUCCAAACAUGAGUGCCUUAAUGAAAAGGGCAUUCUUAGAAUUGUGAGGAUGGUUUAAUAAUUGUUUCAUCAUGGUGGUUGCAUGUAUUUUAGCCAGGAAAUUCAUAUUUAAGCAUGUAUAUAUACUAAAUAAGCAUGUUUUUCUAAUAAAAAAUAGUUGUGAAGAACAAA